AUGGCUGCCAUGUUCCUGAGGUGCGGCUCCCACCCCCUUUCGGGCGCGGAAAUCCCACCCACCCUCCGUCCAAGCCCAGCCUCCAGGAAGCCUUCCUACUGCACCAAGUGUCUCCUGCGGCGGCCCCCAGAUGCCCCCAGAGACUCGCAGCCAGUCACGGAAAUGCACAGUAUGACCCAGCAGCGGUGGCAUCCCCAGGCCCAGGACACAUCUGGGCUUCAGCACAUGCAGUUCUCAGAAGCAGAACCAGAAGGAGGAACCAGCUCAGGCUCUCAACCAGGAGCUACAGCUGGCCAGUUCUGUUCUUCGUCCUUGCUCAACAAAGAAGUCUGGUCAUUCCUCAAAGCCAUUCCUCCGAUUCCAGAUGAGGCCGUAGUCACACGGAAGUCCCCAUACGGUUCCUGGAGGGUUGGCACUCUCCAACAUGGGAGGCGAGUGAACGCUAUCGCUGUUAGCCGUGCUCCGCUCCACGUGUACACUUGUGGCACCGGCUACAUCCGGGUGUGGGAUGAAGACGCGUUGCAUGCCUCGGACAGAGCACCUCAGGCCCAGCUGGACUUUCAGGACCCUCAGAACCGUGUGCUCACCUGCAAGCUGUUCCCUGAUGAGCAGAGCCUGAUUACAGGGGGAAUAGCCCAGGCUCUUACUCUCUGGGACCUGGCUCCCACACCCCAAAUCAGGGCCCAGAUGGCCUCCACAGGCCCCAUAUGCUAUUCCUUGGCCCUCUCUUCUGAUGCGCACAUCUGCUUGGCUUCUUUCAAAGGAUUCGUGGAGAUUUGGGAUGUGCAGAACCAAAUCUUGAUCAGGAAGCAUGAAGUUCCUCCCUAUGGGUCCCGCUGCGUGGACAUCACAGGCUUUAAGUUCUGGACAGGUGGUGAAGAUACCAUCCUGUAUUCAUGGGACAUGAGGAGCUACCAGAAGAUUCAGCAACACAACUUAUGCCAUGAGAUCCUUAGCAUUACCCAUGACCCCAGUGAGGAGUGGGUGCUGGCGGGCUUGAAGAUGAGUGACAUUGCCAUCCUGCACGUGCACCGGGAGGAGAAGUACAAAGCUGUUGUCCAGAGAUACUCACAACACCACAACCUCAAGUUUGCCUCUUGUGGGACUCAUUUUGUGGCCACGCUGGAUAGCACGAUCAAUUGUUUAGAGGCACCUUCUCUCCGAAGGUUGUUCCAGACAGAGGAGUGCUAUGACAUCCUGUGCUGUGACAUAUCCUCGGAUAGUCAGUACCUGGUCACGGGCUCCAAGGAAAGUGCCACAGUAUACCAGCUCUUGUAUUGA